GAUAAAUGCAGGAACCUCCCGAUAAGAGGCAGGUGUCUACAACACAACCAUCAGAACGAAAAUGUAACACAAGGGCAUCCGAUUGAUUUCAGGUGUUUUGAACGUUGGCUACUUACCAAUAUGAACCGGCAGGCCUACAUUUACCUAUUCCUAAGUACAUGCAAUAUGAUCUAUGGGCUUGAAAUCAACAGAAGACUCUAUCUGGACGAAGACAGAAAUGAAAAUGGUUUCCUUGGCAACCAGUUCAGCGGUUCUGAGAUAGGUGGCAGCAGUGCUCCUGCAGCUGGUGCCGGAUUUCCAAGCAAUAAUGGAGGACCAUUCAGCUCUAUCGGGAAUUCGGUAAAUUCAAACGGAGGUGAAAGAAACAGUGGCAAAAACGGCGGUUUUGGCUCUGGUCCGUUUAGUUCUAAUGGAAAUGGGGGCGGGGGAUUUUCAGGCAAUAACGCUGGAAGUGGAGGGUUUUCUGGAGGUUCCGGUCCCUUUAAUUCAAAUGGAAAUGGGGGCGGGGGAUUUUCAGGCAACAACGCUGGAAGUGGGGUGUUUUCCGGAGGUUCCGGUCCCUUCAAUUCAAAUGGAAAUGGGGGUUCCGGUCCCUUCAAUUCAAAUGGAAAUGGGGGCGGGGGAUUUUCAGGUAAAAACGCUGGAAGUGGGGGUUUUUCUGGAAGUUCCGGUCCCUUCAAUUCAAAUGGAAAUGGGGGCGGGGGAUUUUCAGGCAAUAACGCUGGAAGUGGAGGGUUUUCCGGAGGUUCCGGUCCCUUCAAUUCAAAUGGAAAUGGGGGCGGGGGAUUUUCAGGCAAUAACGCUGGAAGUGGAGGGUUUUCCGGAGGUUCCGGUCCCUUCAAUUCAAAUGGAAAUGGGGGCGGGGGAUUUUCAGGCAAUAACGCUGAAAGUGGGGGGUUUUCCGGAGGUUCCGGUCCCUUUAAUUCAAACGCUGGAAGUGGAGGGUUUUCCGGAGGUUCCGGUCCCUUCAAUUCAAAUGGAAAUGGGGGUGGGGGAUUUUCAGGCAAUAACGCUGAAAGUGGGGGGUUUUCCGGAGGUUCCGGUCCCUUUAAUUCAAACGCUGGAAAUGGAGGGUUUUCUGGAAGUUCCGGUCCCUUCAAUUCAAAUGGAAAUGGGGGCGGGGGAUUUUCAGGCAAUAACGCUGGAAGUGGGGGGUUUUCCGGAGGUUCCGGUCCCUUCAAUUCAAAUGGAAAUGGGGGUGGGGGAUUUUCAGGCAAUAACGCUGGAAGUGGAGGGUUUUCCGGAGGUUCCGGUCCCUUCAAUUCAAACGCUGGAAGUGGAGGAUCUUCUGGAAGUUCCGGUCCCUUCAAUUCAAAUGGAAAUGGGGGUGGGGGAUUUUCUGACCACAGCUCAUUUAGCACUGCUGGUAAUAAUGGAGGAAAUAGUAAGGGGUCCGGACCCUUCAACACAGCUGGAAAUGGGGGUGGAUCUGGUCCUUUCAGUUCCAGUGGAGGCAAAAUGGCAAGUCCGUUUAGCGUUGCUGCCAACUCAGGAUCCAAGGAAACGCCGUUUAAAAUUGCUAACGCUGGACAAGCCCUCGGAAACCCUCUGGAUACCAGUUCCGUAUCACAGUCCUCUGCGGGACCGGGAGGCCUCACGGGGUCAGCGUUUGCUAACAACAUUGACUCUGACGGUGGCCCUGGGGGGUUAACAGGAGGCUCAUUCUAUGCUGGAACCGAUUCCUCUGGACCAGGAGGCUUUACAGGUGGGCGUUUCCAGACAGACAAUUCUCAAGGGGCGGUAUAUUCGAAUACUGGUACAGGCUUUGUAGAUAAACAGUCGUCACGAUUUGACACCGCCAAAUAUGAACAAAUGUUAUCUCAGCUAUACAAUCCGAACAAUUUCGACUCUCAGCUCUUGGAGAAACCGUUUAAUGGACAGAAGUACAGCAGUAAUUCUAAAACAAACAGUGUUACAUCCUCUGGGUCUUAUUCAAGCUCUGGCGUAAACUUUAUGAGUGGUCAAGCUGGACAUAGCUCAGCGGGUUCCUUGUCUGGUGGUAAACAGACCAACGAACCGGGUCCAUUCAACACCAAACCGUUUAAAGAGGUCCAGAGCCCGUUCAGUGCGCACUCGGAAAAUCAGUACAAAGGCACCAACUUUCAAGUGGAUGCUGCUUCUUCUUUGGGUGGACAUAAUUUUGCGGCGGUAGGAUAUUCAGGCGGUACCUAUAAUGUCGAUUCCAGUAGCUUUGGUUCCUCCUCGUACAACGCCGGAAAUGCGGCGAGCUACGUAAGCGGUAGCGGUAGCAGCGACGGAAGUGCUACAGGAUACGAGACUCCAUUUGAUAAACACGUGGAUAGUUAUAACGAGCUCAUAUCCAAUCCUUUCAAUUCCAAUAUAAAGUCAGACCCGGGUAGUUAUAGUACCGGUUCCAGUGGAGCGCUCUUCGAGUCCGGCAGUAACUAUGGCGGGGUGGGUGGAGGAAACCCGGGAGGAAAUCCAUUCCGCCAAGGAGGAAACAAAGCCGGAAUGUCUAUGGCAUUUAAUAACAAAUUAUACAAUGGGUGAUAAUUGCACUGCCGCUGCACAACGUUCAAUACCAUUUAUAUAUAUGUAGUUCCAAUGAAGCCAAGUAAAUUAUUUCGAUAAAAUAUUUUUAUAGUGAUAUAUAUGUAUGUAUACAUACAUAAAUGCAAUUGUUACAGAUGAGAAUUGGCUGGGGGUGGGUAUCAUUGAUUUUUAUUAUUAUUUUAUUAUUAUUAUUUUAUAUUUGGUUUUUUAUUUGUUUUGUUGGAGGGUUGUUGUUUUUUUCAUGUACCUUCAAAAAUCUUUCAUUCCUUUCGAUAUAUCAUGGGACCUAAUUCUAUUGCAAAUUUCGGGAUGAAGGAUCUGUCGAUUGACCCUUUUAGAGUAAUUACCCAGAUCUCUCGCCGUCUGGACUCGAACCCGCGACCUUCCAAUCUCGAAGCGAGCUCUCUACCGACUUCAUUAAAUGACGAGACCCUUUGCAAGUUUGUACACAUCUCAAUCAUUGUCUUCAUGACUAUGAAUAGUUAAUAAUUUCAUAUUAUAUGUAUGAUUCUGUCCUCAAUUGAUUAAGAUGGUUUGAAAAUGUUGAUGAUAUACAAAAUUCUAAAUAUAAUAUUAAUUUUGAAUAUUCGCGGAGUGGUCCCAAAAUAUAUAGUACAUUUUUUAUUAGUUAAGGUAAAUUUAAAAGUUUUAAAUUUCAAAAUAUUUAUUGUACAUAAUUAUCCU